AUGGGGGUGGAGCUUUGGCUGCUUCUCCUCGUGUCCUUUGCGACGGUUACUGUGAUGAUAGCCUUUUUUGUUCUAAUUUUCCUUUACUUAUCAACGAACCCAUACCCUGAUAUUGAUAGGGAACUGACCGAGAGGGUAUUUUACGAUCCAAUGAAUUCAGAGUAUGUGAGGUUCCCGUUUGGACUAACUCAUCGCCCUGAAGUUGAACUGUCAGUUAUUGUUCCGGCCUACAACGAAGCUCAAAGACUUCCUACAAUGAUGGAAGAGGCUCUUGCCUAUUUGACAUCGCGUAUGGCAUCGCAGCCCAAGUUUACAUUUGAAAUUAUCGUUGUUGAUGAUGGGAGCGUUGAUAGCACUUAUCAGGUUGCAAUAUCAUACUCUUCGAAGUACACCUCCAAUGUCGUUCGUGUUUUGAAGCUUACGCGUAAUCGAGGAAAGGGUGCUGCCGUUCGCAUUGGAAUGCUUUCUGCUCGGGGCAAGUUCCUGCUUUUUGCUGAUGCAGAUGGUGCUACACGCUUCCGGGACAUCGAGAAACUGGAAAAACAAAUGGCAUUUAUGAUUGCAUCGAAAUGGGAUGGAAGGAUGGCAGUCAUAUGUGGUUCCCGAGCGCAUCUACAAGCAGAGGCAACCGCUAAAAGAAAUCCACUUCGCAAUCUUCUUAUGUACGGCUUUCAUUUUGCCGUGUGGCUGUUGUGUGUACGUGGCUUGAGAGACACCCAAUGCGGUUUCAAGCUAUUUAGCCGUAGGGCGGCGCGUCUUCUUUUUAUGAACCAACAUGUCGAACGUUGGGCAUUUGACGUGGACCUUCUCUACCUCGCCCGACAUCUCUCUGUCGAGAUAUGCGAGGUUCCAGUCACUUGGCAUGAAGUCAACGGCUCCAAAAUUAUCCCACUUUUCUCUUGGAUGCAGAUGGCUAAAGACUUACUCCUGAUACGUUUGCGCUACGGUCUCGGAGCGUGGAAAAUCGAACAAUCGCACCACCUCGAGUAA